AUGGUGGCAAUUCGAAUUCUAUCCGAUCUGCACCUCGAGAUGCCCGAAACCAAAUCCUACGACACUUUCGCAAUCACGCCAAAGGCGCCGUAUCUGGCUCUGCUGGGCGACAUCAGCUGGGUCAAGAAUAAGGAGCAAUUCACCGAAUUCCUGAUCCGCCAGCUUACCCUAUUCAAGGUUGUGUUCCUACUACUCGAAGACCACGAGGCGUACCAGCCCAGCUGGGCCGACGCAAAGUCUUUUCUAAGAGACGUUGAGGACCUGGCUCGGAAACAGCAGCUAGAGGAUGAGGGGCUUGGCCAGAUCAUCGCUCUCAACCGGCGCCACAAGAGCAGCCCCAUCUCGUCGGGAUUUUCACUAACCUGA